AUGGAACAGAAGGCUUCGCAAUACUUCCAUUUGCGGCAUUAUUGACCGGUGCGCUGUUCACCAUCGGCAUUGCUGUCCUGCUGGUUGUAGUGCUUGCCAUCCGCCGGAAGCGGGAUGGUCACGGUGGUGGACUGUGUGACGGCAAGGAGAAGCAUAUCGGCAUGGACAUUACCGUGACGACACCGCUCGAGAUGGGCAUGGGACAGCAGAAGUACGUCGUCGCCUACACGCUCAAGCAGGGCGUCGAAAAGCAGCCGGACAUACUGAACGCCCAGAAGACGGGCUCGGCCAGCGUGCAGUCGAUAAAGGAUAUGGGCCAAAAGAUGGGCUCCCCGUUGGGUGUGCGAGGCCCACCGGCCGGCACAAUCUACGCCACGCCGGGUGGCUAUGACCAGCAGAAAUCAACCCCUUCCAGUCGGCAGAGCACACUGAAACGUACGGACGCUUCCGCUAACAGCUACUGUCUGCUGCAGCAGCAACAACAGCAGCAGCUAACCAGCACCAGCAGCACCAGCAAAUACCAGGGCGAGCUGGUCGAGUACGAGAAACCGUACACGAACUAUCAGCACACACUGCAGUACAACCACAAUCCGCCACCGCUCGUCGACCCGUACGCGUACAAGAGUUCCCCGCUGGGAAGCAUCCCCGGGGAACAUCAGCAAACGGCUGCCGGCGGCGAGCCGGGCAUCGCGUCCAAUCCGGGCUUCGAGUACCGGAGCAGUAGCCGCAGCAGCAGCGGUAACCUAAAGCAGGCGGCCACCACCUUGAACGGUGGUGCCGGAAAUCCCGAGUACCGAUACUCCGGGUCCGAGUUCGUGACAGAUCUGCUCGACUUUAGCAGUGCCCCGUCGCCAUCGUCCGGUUCGACCGUUGGGGCGACGCUAACGAAGACACGCAACCGUCAGCACAUCAUCACCGACACACUACCGGGACCGGAGAGUUGCGUGUAGGCUGGAUGGCCGAUAAACCGCCACUAAUCCGGAAGCGCUUCUCGGAGCCGGAUUAAAACCUCGUUCUCGUUCGUACGGGACAGUAUCAAACGCGCGUUCAGACCGACAACGACAUCCCGGACAACCGGUGUAUGUGUGUGUAGGAUUGCCCUCGUCCGGAAGAGUUGAUGUCGAAGUGAUGACGAUAAAGGGCACACACACACACAUUCACGGUAACAAAGGCCUAUCAAGCGUGUGGUGAGCGCAUGCUACCAAGGUGAUGUUGUUAUGAAACGUGUAGGCAGAGAGUAUAAAAUACGCAAGAAUAAGAACUGGAGCGUAAAACAACCCCCCACGCACACACACACACACAGACAACCACGAGAGCGCCCACUUCCCACCGGGACAGUGUGUACGUUGGGAAUGUCCUUGAAUAUCGAAACCGCGUAUCUUCCCGCGUAUGUUCUGCUUCCUACAGCGAAUACGAAGCGCAGCGAAGGAGUCCGGGAACCCCGAUGUCUGGGGUGAUGCUUCUACAGCAGCGAAGAAUAAUAGACAGUCUUCCAUUAAGCAAACGAGACAAAACAAAGCAAGACAUUAAGCAGCACGCAUACAGUCGUGGGGCACGACCGAGAUGGAGGAGAGAGUGUGUACUGUAGGAAUGUGUACCGUGUAGAUCCCAGUGUAAAGCGCCGGUUGAACCCGGCCGAUGACGAACCUAUGUUACUGAGCAAUACGUGUGUUGAGCAAAAGAAAAAAAGGCAGAGAACAAGUUAGGUUAAUUACUUCGUUUGUACAUAGCAUCGAGCAUCGUUAAACGAGCAGGAACAGUGGACUGAUAGUGUAAAUAUUGGUUAAAAGCGAGUUCUUUUCCUUCGGUUUUACUGACAUGAGUUCAUCAAGAAAGUAGCAUCCAUUCCACAAUGUUUUGAUAGACUCUUGAGGCGUGUAGUCUUGAAGUAUUAAUUUAAUUCUAGCAUUUUUUUUAUAUCGAAUCAACCAGACAAAACGUCAUUGCGUAUCAUUUGAAAACCUCGCACCGUUUGACUUUUUAUCGAAUCGUUAUUAAGAUACUCAAGAGCGCAAGGGGAAGAUUGUGUUUUCCAGUUACGUCUAGUUAAUGAUGAAAAACAAAACUCAUACGCAUCAUACCAAGAACGGGAACCACUAGGCAUAUCCAAUGUACCGAAUGUAUAUCAACCAACAACAAAACAAACGCUCCCAGCGAGGUGAACCUAUCGAACCAUAUCGAACCCGGGCGCUAGCAAGUCCUCUGUGGCGGCCUAUAUCCUCAGACUGAUGUGGUACGGUGUUAGAUUAUUACUUGCCAUAACCGAACGUAUCUUCCCCCCGGAAUCCCGUCUCUUAAUGAACUCUCACUUUCUCUCCUUUUACCACCCUGAUUUCGGGAGUAGAUCUUGUGGAGUGUUGCAGAUAGAUUGGUGAACGCGGGUUGCAUAUCUGUAGGCGCAUAAGGCGAUCUGAUGUGCGAGCUAUUCUAUUUGCGAUACUGCACAAUGUCUCCGAAGUCAGACACUUAACUCGUGAACCUUGCUACACACCGUUAGGAAUGAGCUUGCGAAAGCUCGCUUUAAACAAACAAAAAAUCCCCCUGUUACAAGACAAACGCGCCAGGUACGCAGAUGACAAUGUUGCCUGUUAGGAAGAAAAAAUCCACAGUUUUCCCGCCCGAAAAAUCCUCCCGUAAAAGGAAAGUAAUUAAGCGUGUGUAUACAACUACAAACCCCUCCCCCCGGGGGACUGAAGUAACUCGUGUUGUAGCUAAGAUUUGGUGAAUCGAACGAUUGCGGUGUUUGUCGAUGCUUUAAGGAUCUCAGCGGUUGUUAUUCCCGUACCGCCGAUACCUGUCCAUAGCGAAUUUGUACAUAUCCGUCUAGCGUAAAGUUGUUCUAGUUAAACAAUAACCCGUAAGACCCGAUAGCUAUCGGGGAAAAACUGUUGGAAGUGACCAAUGGCGCUCUGCUCCCUACAUCUCCACAUCUGUACAUACCGCAACAGGAGCGAGAUGGGCUUCCUACUCGACUCAGCAUCCCGAACCGGUAUCCACUCAUCCUCCCAUCCAAAAUAGACCAAACCGUGGACAGACGGGAGCGUCCGGAAGCGCUGCUAAGCUUAUCGUCAUCAGGAUACACGUUGUGUGCGUUGUAGAAUCCAAUACCAUUGAUCGUUAGAAAAAUUUCGUUUCCAGUGUGUACAGAUGAGAUCCAUUUAUCAUUGCAUCUAGCUAGCUGCUACUACUCCUGCUGCUGCUGCUGCUGCUGCUGGUGGCACGGAGUUAACGGCCCUGAGUUCCCAAUACGUGUAAAUAGCUAGUUUAAGCAUAUACGAUCGAAGCAGCAGCAGCAGCCUGUGUCGGUGUGAAUGGGUGUGUAGCAGCAGUAUCAGUUUAGCCGAGGUUUAUCGAGGCUAUGCGGGCCUAAUGGCGAGGGCAAACCACUUGGGCAAAGGUGCUUGUUAUCGUGUGAGCAACAUCGAAAGCGCUAGUGACGCAACCCGAACGAGACUUGUGUGCGAUAUAAAUAGUGCAAUUGCGAUUGCGACGCUGAUGAGUCAAUAAAAAACAAUCUAACUAAUGGUGUUUUUUUAAAAAA